AUGACCUCGCCCGCCCCCCUACUCAAGAUCCCCACGCCGGGCAACCGCAGACCCCCCAAGCUCACCGUCGGCAUCCCGCCCUCGCCGAAUGCCCGCCCCGUCAACCAGGUCGCCGCCGCGCAGCCAGAGGACCCCCAAGCCCAGCCCCUCCCCGCCCGCCGCUUGCCGCCCGAGCUGCGAAUCGCGACCCCCAUGGGCAGCCGCGGCACCAUCCCGCACGAAGACGCCGCCUACUACAACGGCCGGCCCAUGCAGCAGCCCUACCACAAUGCCUCCGCCAACGACCUCACCACGCAUUCUCGCUCCGGCAGUUUCACCACCACCACCCACGAUGGCAAGAACAGCGGGCCGGCCUCCGCCGCCUCCUCGUCGUUUUCCACCCUCUCGUUCGCCAUGGGCAUGCGCGAUCCGCUCGGCAACACCCGCGAUCCCUCGUCCGCCAUCAGCUCCGUCUACUCUGACCGCGACGGCGGCAUAUCCAUGGAACGGGACAAUAGCAUGAACGGCAUCUUACCGGAUCUGGACCAGCUGAGCCAGGGGCUGGGCCGCCCGCUGGAUGUGGAGGACCUGGAUGAUGAAAAAUGGACCGCUGCCAGCGAGCAGGGCAAGAUCGUGGAGCUCGACAGUCUGGGUGAAGGAGCCGGUGGUGCCGUCACCCGCUGUGUGCUGAAGGGCGGAAAGACGGUUUUUGCUUUAAAGGUCAUUACUACGGAUCCCAAUCCUGAUGUCAAAAAACAGAUAUUUCGCGAGCUUAAUUUCAAUAAAGACUGCGCUUCGGAGCAUAUUUGUCGAUAUUAUGGGGCGUUUAUGGAUCGGUCUUCAAGCACGAUAUCAAUUGCCAUGGAGUUUUGCGAGGGCGGCAGUCUUGACAGUGUUUAUAAAGAGGUCAAGAAACUGGGUGGUCGAACGGGCGAAAAAGUGCUGGGCAAGGUUGCCGAGGGUGUAUUAAAUGGCUUGACGUAUUUGCAUGGCCGUAAAAUUAUCCACAGAGAUAUCAAACCAUCCAAUAUCCUCCUCUGCCGAACCGGACAAGUCAAGCUCUGCGAUUUCGGCGUCAGCGGCGAAUUCGGAACCAAGGGCGACGCGAACACCUUCAUUGGCACGUCGUACUACAUGGCCCCCGAGCGGAUCACGGGCCAGUCCUACACCAUCACCUCCGACGUCUGGUCUCUGGGCGUCACCCUGCUCGAGACUGCUCAACACCGCUUCCCCUUCCCAGCAGACGGAACCGUGAUGCAGCCGCGAGCCGGCCUGAUCGACCUCCUGACGUAUAUCGUGCGCCAGCCCAUUCCGAAGCUGAAAGAUGAGCCGCAGAAUGGCAUCUAUUGGAGUGAUAAUUUCAAGUACUUUAUUGAAUGCUGCUUGGAGAAAGAACCCCCCCGGAGAGCAACGCCUUGGCGGAUGCUGGAACAUCCGUGGAUGGUCGAAAUGAAAAAUAAGAAAGUCAACAUGGCGCAUUUCUUGAAGCAGGUUUGGGAUUGGAAAGAUUGA